AUGAAAUGGAUGGCAGAGAGGUGGAGGCGAAAUAGAAAAGGGGUAGCAAAAACUGUUUUCGAUCCUGUAAACGAAGGCAAACAUCUUAUUUUAAAUGCAGCUGUUUUAGGCCAUUUGCAAGUGACAAUGCCAUUUGUUCUUGGAAGGUCCCACAUUAAAAUUCCCUUCGAAAUUAAAAGCGUCAAUACGGAUGGUAGGAAAUGUUUUCAGAAAUGCAUAAAUUCAUUUACAAAUCGCCCGAAGGGUUUUAUCAUAUUAAAGGGUUUGUUAAAGCUUUGCAAAAAAAAUGAUCACCAAGUUCGACUAAAACCAAUCCUUGCAGAUGUGCAUCAAAUGCUUGGACUGAAGGCUUUUUGUCAGAUUGUUGUCAAGCAUCACUUGCCAAACCAAUCGAGGCGGUGGUCAGAGCUAACUAAUUUGGAAAAAAAGUCUCUUAGUUUACUAAUCAAAAAUUACUCUUUUUACAUAAAAAUGAAGCUUAAAAUGUGCCUCUGUAUUUCUUCACGUGUUUACCUGUUCUUUAAAGCGUACAACUUUGUUCAAUGUUCAACUUUUCUAACAUCGCUUCAGUGGAUUUUUCCUUUAAUCAAACUCCUUUUUAUCAUUAAAAAGAACUUUUUUCCUUUUGUUUCGUCAUAUUUUGCCCCCUGCACCAGUUUUCUGGAGCAGAUCAUGCGAAAAAGUAAAGAAUGGAGGAACUGGCAUCCACCAAAUUCUAUGUUUCGUCAUUUAAAGGAAGAAAAGGGAAGAGAAAAUAAAGAAAAUUACUUUCAGUUUGUUAAUAUUUCAGCUUUUUUAAAAAUUCCUGUGUCAAUUACAAAAUCCUGUUUGAAGUUGAAAUUUAAAAGAGCUGGCGAAAUGGUAGACCAUUAUCCAAAAAAGUGUUUUUGUUGGAAAAAUUUCAGAAGCGAUCAAGCCGGUGAUGCUUGUCAUGCAAUGGGAAAUGCUGCAAUUAGUUGGAGAGAAAGGGAAUUAUCUUACAUUUUUUUACUACCUUUGAAAGGACUGUUGCACUACCAAAAGAGAGAAUGA